AAUCUAUUUCAUAAUAUCAUUUAACAGUAUAAGUAAGGGACUAGCAGAUAUAGCCCUGACAAGAACAAGAAGCUCCUUUGGAAUCUACUAAAUGUUUCUAAGGAAAAUGCAGCUGCCCAUCUACUUGCUCCUGCUAGUGGCUUGGAUUCCAAAAGCUAUUUUCUGCCAAUCUGACACUACAGAGCAGAGUCCUCAGGCCAAUCCCGGACUGGCCUAUGACAAAAUAAGGUCUGCAAAUUCAGAAUUCACUGGAAGAUUGUUAAAGCUGUUGGUUUCUGAAAAUCCUCACAAGAAUGUCUUCUUCUCUCCUGUGAGCAUUGCCACUGCCUUUGCCAUGCUCUCCCUGGGGGCCAAAACGGCCACCCUAACUAACCUUUUGGAGGGGUUGGGUUUUAAUCUCACAGAGCUUCAGGAAAGGGAGAUCCACGAAGGUUUCCAAGAUCUUGUCCAUCUACUGAACAACACAGAAGGCAAAGUUCAGCUGGAAAGUGGCAAUGGCCUCUUUAUUAAUGAUCAGCUGGAACCACUCCAAAAAUUCUUAGAUGAUGUCAAGAACUUAUAUGGAGCCGAAGUGUUUGCUGCAAACUUCAAAGAUUCUGAAGGUGCUAAGAAGCAGAUUAAUGAUUAUGUAAAUGAGAAAACACACGGAAAAAUUCCAGAAUUAAUCAAGGAUCUAGACCCCAGAACCUUAAUGGUUCUCAUAAACCACAUUUUUUUUAAGGGAAACUGGGAGACCUCUUUUAAUUCCACCCUUACUGAACUGCAGGACUUUUAUGUGGAUAAGAACACAACAGUACAAGUGCCAAUGAUGAUGAAAAGUGAAAAAUUGUACUACCACCGUGAUGAUGAGCUGUUCUCUUCAAUGGUCGUCCUGCCCUAUGAGGGGAAUGCCUGCUUAAUUUUAGCUCUACCAGAUGAAGGCAAAUUAGAGCAGGCACUGGAUGCUAUAAUCACUAAGAAAGGAAUAUCACAUUCUAGAUUUCUGGAAAAAAGGAAGGUGGACAUUUAUCUGCCCAGGAUCUCAAUCUCCACUAGUUAUGAACUCGAAGACCUGCUUCCAAAAAUUGGCAUAACAGAUGUAUUCACUGGCAAUGCAGACCUCACAGGCAUCUCCACACAAUUCAAACUACAAAUUUCCAAGGUGUUACACAAGGCGGCACUUGAGGUGAGCGAAAAUGGCACCGUGGCAGCUGCUGUCACAGACAUUGAAAUCCAGCGCAAUAUAGCGGCUCCCCCUGUCAUCGUAAAUUUCAACAGGCCCUUCUUUAUGUCCCUUAUGGAUACAAACAUUCACCAGGACUUAUUUGUGGGAAAAAUUGUAGACCCCACAGCCAAACAUUGAUGGACUGGGGUUAUCUGCGACUCAGAAGCUACUAUUGCAAUAAAUUUAAAAAAAAAAUAUAUAAGCCAAGGUGAGUGUGCAGAG